CUUUUUCAUUUUAUGUUUUUACAUGUUUGCAUUGAUUGAUUUUUUUUUUUUUUACCCACAAUGUAUAUGCAUGUAAAAGUAAUGUUGAUAAACAUGGGGAGGGUUAACUUUAAAGCCAGUGACAACAAUGGCUAUGACAACAUAAUGUGGGCUACCAACAUGUUUAAAUGUGCUAAUUUACCAAUAUUAAUAUUAGAUGAUAACAUGAGAAAAGCAAUAAACAAGCUCAAUAUUUUUUUGUAUUGUUGAAUAGCAGGUAGCUUUUUUUUUUUUCUCCCCCUCAUGUAUUUUUAUUUUUUAUUUUGGGGAAAUGAAACUUGUGCAUGCACUUUUUCCAUCGUCCUGAUAAAGUUAAGAAAAUGUGAAUCAGUUACUGUGUGCACCUUAUUCCUGCAGAUGUGGAAGUCAGUAGUGGGCCACAAUGUGAGCAUGAAGGUGGCUGCAGAAGGCGACGACUGGGAGACGGACCCAGACUUUGAGAAUAAUGUGUCGGAGCAGGAGCAGAGGUGGGGGGCCAAGACCAUUGAAGGUUCCGGCCGCAAAGAGCCCAUCAGCAUUGCAGAGCUGAGGGACAAAGUUGCAGCGGAGCACGAGCAGGUGAAACAUCAGAAGACUCCCAAAGCGUCGUAUGGCUACGGAGGGAAGUUCGGCGUGGAGACGGACCGCAUGGACAAGGUGGCGGUGGGACACGACUACGUGGCCCAAGUGCAACAGCACAGUUCCCAGAAAGAUGCGGCGAAGGGGUUCGGGGGAAAGUUUGGCGUGGAGAAAGAUCGUCUUGAUAAGUCUGCUGUGGGUUUUGAGUAUAAAGGCGAAGUCCAGCAGCAUAUGUCACAGAAAGAUUAUUCCAAAGGCUUCGGGGGUAAAUACGGCGUAGAGAAGGAGAAAGUGGACAAAGCCGCCAUGGGCUACGACUACAAAUGUCAAACAGAGAAGCAUCAGUCGCAAAGAGAUUAUUCCAAAGGCUUCGGGGGCAAAUACGGCGUGGAGAAGGAGAAAGUGGACAAAGCCGCCGUGGGCUACGACUACAAAUGUCAAACGGAGAAGCAUCAGUCGCAAAAAGAUUAUUCCAAAGGCUUCGGGGGCAAAUACGGCGUGGAGAAGGAGAAAGUGGACAAAGCCGCCGUGGGCUACGACUACAAAUGUCAAACGGAGAAGCAUCAGUCGCAAAAAGAUUAUUCCAAAGGCUUCGGGGGCAAAUACGGCGUGGAGAAGGAGAAAGUGGACAAAGCCGCCGUGGGCUACGACUACAAAUGCCAAACGGAGAAACACCAAUCACAAAAAGAUUAUUCCGCAGGCUUCGGAGGCCGAUAUGGUGUACAGUCGGAACGCAUGGACAAGAGUGCAGUUGGCUUCUCAGAGAUGGACCCCCCAGCUUCUGCGUAUGAAAAGAUGCAGCCAGUAGAGGCCUCCGGCGCCAGUGCGGGCAAGCUGAAGGCUCGUUUCGAGAGCCUGGCCAAGGCCUCGGACGAGGAGAACAGGAGAAGAGUCGAAGAAGAGAAGAGCAGGAGAAAGGAGAGAGAGAAGAGAGAGCGACAGGAAGCAGAACGCAUACAGCAGGAGCAGAAGAGCAGAGAGGACCACCACCAUCCUGCAGAUGUUCCAAAAGUGCUUGCAGGAUGUGAAGAGCCACCGGAGAUCUCCCAGAACAUACCAGAAGAACCAGAAGCAGAGUCGAAAACAUUCGACGACGAGCCUCCUACUUUGCCUCGGCGCUCGGACUACUUCCUGCAAAUGGACCUUCCUUUGCCACCCGUCGAGGAGGCGGAGGAUGCCGACGUGUACAACCAAGUCGCAGCGGAUGACGAAGGUGAAGAGUACGAGGAGGUGGCGCCGGCGCCCCCUGUGGUGGAGGUGGGAGGGGAUGAGUAUGAGGAAGUUGGCCUGGCGCCCCCCGCAGCUUUGUCGGCGCCGGACGACUAUGAGAACCUGUCAGGUGACGUCCAAGCCGUAGCAAUUUAUGACUAUCAAGGAGAGGACGUGGACGAGAUCUCCUUCAACCCGGACGAUGUCAUCACCGACAUCGAGAUGAUCGAUGAGGGCUGGUGGAAGGGACGCUGCCACGGACGCACCGGCCUGUUUCCCGCCGUCUAUGUCCAGCUCAUCCAGUGAGACUGUGACGCCACCAACCAUUGCAGGGUACAUUCACUUGUAAGCUUCUUUUGGGGGGCUGGAGAUAAUAAUCGACCAUUUAAAAUGUGUGAAAUUGUUCAUAUAUUCAGUCUUUACACGACACCGCUACUAGUUUGCAAGGUUAAGAAUAAGGCUGUCCCGAUCACAUUUUUUUAGCACACAAGGCCAUGUCACUUGAUUUGGAGUGUCUGCUGAUGCAGUACCUUGGCAAAUGCAUUAAGGAGAAAAAAAAAAAGAGAGCGCAUCCAAAUUGCCUUACUUUUUUUUUUUUUUUUACUUGAAUAAAAGUAUCCCAGCUGCUUUUCUGCCGCUUGUCUUUUUCACGCGACCACAGAAAGUCAAAUGUUGGGCUUACAUUGUGUUUAAGCGAUUGCCUUUCCAUUUGGCAAUAUCUUUGUACCUCAGGAUUGUCUUCAUCCGAUACAGAUCAUCUAAAAAUUACGUUUGGGCCCGAUUUCAGAUUACAUGAUCGGGACAAUUCUAGUUAACAUGACAUUAGCUAUGGAAAGACCUCCAUUAUAUAUUAUGUUUAUACAAUAAUUGUUUGUCUUCCCAAUUAUUUGACAGAGUAUAUUUAAUUUUAAAAAAUUGUUACAUCAUGCCUCCUUACAGUGUAAAAAAAAAUGAAAAUACUGAAUAAGUUGCAAAAAGUGUGCGAUCUAUGCUAAGAGUAGCAUAAACAAAAAUAAUAAUUUCAACCAAUAUUUUGGAGUGACUUUACUAUGCCCAUCCCUUUGUUUACCAACACCCAUUCAAUAAGUCUGUAGUCCAGGACUUUUAUUGCAAUUCUAAGCUUUUUAUGAUUCAAAAUGAGGACAAUUGGUAAAUCAUUGUUUGUUGUUACAUGCUUUGGAUAUAUUUUACAUGAAAUUUAAGCUUUUAAGCACACAAGUAAAGAAAUCAAAAUAUACUUUGUGUCCGAGUGUCCAAAGUGUUGCUGCUGUUCCAUCCAAAUAAACAGAGCCUCUGUUGCA